UCAUGAGCGUCACGCUGGAUGGGACGCGGCGGGUUCUGAGGGGGCAGAGGUGCAGCGAGCACGGCGGCGGCCGGACGGACUGAACCGGAGCUCGGCUCUACCCGGAACCAUUAUGCAGACAGGAAACUACCAUUUUAACGCCAGCAGCAUCCGAGGAUCCGUCUGCGGAGGGGGACACCGAGACCCAACACGGGGCGGAAAGCGGCCGCCAGGGGAGAAAAAGGGGAAAAACACGACGGAAACAAAACAAAGGCGCCGUGUGGGAGAGGACGAGGAGUGAUCCGGGGGAGCCGCGCCGUUCCGGAGGCAGACAGCGGGCGUGUGUGAGCAGGCCAGCGGGGAGAGUUUUUGUUCGGAAAGCAGCAGCCCUCCCGGGCCGAUGGACAGCCAGGCCUCUCUCACUGUUUCUCCAUGGAUGAAGAAAGAGGCCCCGCCGUUGGGCGGUAGGGACCCCGCUCUCACGGCGCACCGCCACCUCCAUGUUUUCGUACUUUUACUGCCGCGUUUCUGAGUUUUUUUCCUGCGGACGGACGUCAGAAGCUGCGAGAUUGUCAACCUGAAGUCGGAAUUAGUCGGUGGCGAAAGCGGGCUGUUCACUCCCCUCAGAGGCUGCGGUCCAGCAGGGAACUCCAGACCUGUGGAUGAGCUGGCUCCAUGACCAGACAGGAGGGCGUUGAAGCAGUGGUUCAUCCACCACUGACACUGCAAACACACUCCACUUCCUGGGAAACAUCAGCCGCUGCUCAUGGAAACCUUUAAAGGAACACUACAGACUCAGUUUUUUAUUACGGUUUAGUAUAUUGCCUAUUUAUGAACUGUUUAACAAUCACAGAGAAGCUCCUGGAGGCUUUUUUUUUGUCAAUGGAAGCUAAAAGUGCCGGUGACAAACACAUGUGAAGAAACUGAGCAUCGGCUCGUGGUGGAUUAUAGUUACAAACCUCAAACUCAAAGUAGUUUGAUUAAGGGCUCACAGGCCGUUCCAGUAACUGCGGACUAAGUGCACAGGGUAAUUUCUACCCCUGGACACUUUGUCACAGCUGCAUUGGGAGAUGUUUCAGUUCAGCAAGUACCCCAUGGACAUUUUAGAGAUGCUAAGUGGACACCAAGCCCACCAGUUCAAAGGCCUUGGUUUAGAACGACAGCUCAGUCACCAACAGCAAGUCCAGCUACAGCAUCAACAGCAGCUCCAGCAGCAGCACCAGCCGUCUGCGGACUCCUCCGGAAGCCUUCUUUCCGGCCUCGGCCUCGGCUCCCUCCAGAGCACCCGGAGCAAUGCCUUUGCAGACUCCUCGUCUCUCUUUGCCAAAAUGAGCGCCCCUCCUCCUUCCAUCUCCCACCAGAGUCAGUCGUCCUCCUCGUCCCACAGUUCCAGGAAGUCCAGUAAGAUGAGCAGCAGCAGCAGCAGCAGUAGCAGCAGCGGGAGCGGGACCACUUCGUCGGGGUGCCCUCAGUUCCUGCGGCCCUUUCACCCGGCCGAGGCUGCACUGGCUCAGGAGCAGCUCCAUUCUGGGAUGGGACGCUUUGACUUUGGCGGAAGCAGCAGUGGAGGAAGUGCUGGGGUGAUCGGGGGCGUCGUCACACCCGCGCCCCCUCCUCCACCGCUGCAUCCGGGUCUGUCUGUCCCCCAGCCCACCUCCGGUCCCUCCACAUCGUCGCCCUCUCCCUCCACGUCUGCCUCCUCCUCCAACAACCCCUCCGGCAGCACUGCGGUCCCCUUAGUCGGCCAGUCGGACCCCCGCAGCCUCCACCAGCAGUUCAGCUGCAUGCUUGCUGCGAACCAGUACUUUUUGUCUGGCGUCCCCACCAACAGCAGCCUGGAGCAGUUCCUGGUCCAGCAAGGCACUCACAACCACUUGGGCCUGGGCCUUAGCCAAGGUUCAACAGAGUCAAACUCGGCCCUGGCCCCUCCUCCCGCCCUCCAUUCCUCCCACAGCCACAGCCACACAGCAACACAACCUCAGCACCAACAGCAGCAGCUCACCCCCCAUGCCUUAUCUCACCCACACAGCCACACACACCACCCACACCCCCUCCACCCAGCUCCCCAGCCCGCUCCAUUGGCCAGUUUUGAUUUCCAGGGCAUUCCAGUCCUCUCCUCCAACCAGAUAGCAUCACUAAUGCAGCAGGAGGCAGGCCUUCCCCUCCCCCUCCCCCUGCACCUGUCCCUGUCUAAAGACGACACGUCCAAGUCGGGAGACAGCUCCAGCACAUCAGCGUCUGGUGGAGGGAGCAGGAGAAAGAAGGCGAUGGCCGGCUACCUGCCACAGAGAAAAACGGACAGUAGCAGUCACAGCAGCCACAGCAGCAGCUCGAGUGGGCACAGUCAGAGCUCCUCUUCAGGCCUCGUGGGAGGAGGAUCUGGGGGUGUUGGGCUGAGUGGCAUAGGAAGCGAGCCGCAGCAUUCCUCUCUCCUGUCAUCAUCUUCACAGCAACAGCAGUCGUCCUCCACGGUCUCCUCCUCUUCAUCGGCCCCCUCCUCGUCAAACUCUACGUCUGUGCUUGUAGCCAAUGGUAACCAACAAUUACCAAAAUCCCAAGAAAGUCACAAUAAUAGCUCGUCAGGACAGCCUGAACCCGAGCCCCUUUACCACUGUGGUGAAUGCGGUAAAACCUUUACUCACCUCUCCAGUCUACGGAGACAUCUUCGCAGCCACGGCUUGACACCAGAGAGCGCAGGCAGGAAGUCGGACUGCAACUCUCCCAGCCCGGAGAGGAUAUUCUGCUGUGGCGAGUGCGGGAAGAGGUUUAAAAAGAGAGGCCACCUCAUCCAGCACAGCGUCACCCACUCACAAAACCGGCCUUUUGUCUGCAGCAUCUGCCAAAAGUCCUUCAACCGCAGAGAGUCGUUGACGAGACACGAGAAAAUCCACGACGAGAAGCCAUUCCGCUGCCCGGCGUGUGGCCGAUGUUUCCGGGAGAGCACCUCCCUCCUGAACCAUGCUGCCUCAGGUGCCUGCGGCAAACCUCCUCGCAGCUCAAAAAACCGAGCCAGCAGCGGGGGCGGCGCCUCCUCCAAUCAGAGCAGCAGUAAAAUGACCAACAGCGGAGACAGAGUGGCCAUGUCAAAUAAUUCAGCAGGAAUGGCAAACAACAAGUAUGCAACGGAUUAUUCCAGAAGUCGUUACCAGAACCAGUCGUCAUACAACAGCAGCGUGGAGGACUACAGACGAUCCCAGUCCUCGUCUCUGUACUCUUCAGACAGUGCGUUAGCCAGCGAAAUGACCAGCCAGACUCUCCGUAAGGCCCCUUUAGCCCCAACUCUCCAUCCUCACCCUCAAAGUCAGCACCAUCACCAUCAGCCACAGCAGCCGCAGCCUCAGCACCCCCACCUCCCCCUCUCCUCCCUGUUGGAUGAUUCAGAGGACGAGGUCACCAGCAGUGCAAUGUCGGCCAUAGCCGCUGCAGCCGCGGCCUCCUGCGACAUAAACACUGAGGGCCGGGAGGGGGAGAGGAGAGAUAUCAUCGGAGGCCUGCUCGGGGGGUUGGGGUUUGGUAACUUGGGGGGACCAUCAUCCACGUCCAGCCUCAAUGGGUCCACGAUGCCUCUAACGCACCCCAGCCAACCCCACGCAAAGCCCAGGAGGCCCAGGAAACCCCGAGAUAAAAGGGACCCAAACACUAUCGUGAGGAGGAGGAGAAGCCCGGCACCUCCCGGAGAUGGCUCGGAGAGGCCGUACGGAUGUCACAUUUGUGGGAAACGAUUCAGGAGAGCAGAGACCCUCCGGCGCCACAACCGAGUUCACACCGGAGAGAAGCCUCACGCCUGUGAGGUGUGCGGCAAGAUGUUCCGGGAACCGUUCCACCUCACCAAGCAUCUGACCGUGCACUCUGGGCAAAAGAACUACAAGUGCAACCUGUGCGGGAAGAUGUUCGCCUAUGCACAGAGUCUGGUUCGGCACGGGAAGCUGCACAGGAAGGGGGAGAUCGACAACCAGGGGCGCAGGAUAAAAGGUGCUGCUGCUGCCAUCAGCCAAGUCGCCAACUCAGCAAACGCCGAUUACUUCUCAUCCUGCUCUCAAGGAGAAAAGUCUCCAACAUCCGGCACGCCGUCGCAGAGGCUGUAUACCUGCACAGUGUGCUGGAAGUCCUUCCGCCACUACUUCCACCUGACGGCACAUCAACAAACUGUCCAUGGCGGUGGCGUGGGGCUGGAGAAGUCCUUUCGGUGUGAAGUGUGCGGCAAAGCCUUCGCCUACUCCAACAGUUUAGUGCGACACAAGUUGUCCCAGCACGGUAUUGACCGCACGGGCCAGCGUGUCAACCAGUCGCAGCCUUCUGGGUUUUCGCCGCUCUUCUUCGAUGCUACAGGGCCCACCUACGCAGGGGCGGCCCACAUGCAGCAGGGCGCCCCCGGGCAGCAGCAGCCGCCACCACCGCCGCCGCCGCAGCAGCCACAGCAGCCACAGCAACCGCAACAUGCGCAGCUGCAGCACCCUUUUCAGUACCGCUCAAAAAACUUCCAAAAGCGACACGGACAGAUGAGAAAGCACCGCAAAAAAAAAAGGCGCGUGGUGAUUCACAGCAUCAUGAGAGACGGGAAGCUGGUGGGAGUGCCGCUGAGCAAAGAUACUCGCAGGAAGCUGCUGAUCCUGAGGAAGAGGAGGGGCCGACUGCAGGCCGCCAUCAAUAAGAAAAAGCUCCUGGCCCAACUGAGGGUGAAAGGCGGCCUGAUGAGGGUCAAGUCGUGGAGCGGGGGCGUCGUUAAGGUCACGGGGCUCACUUCCAUGGACAUUCCCCUCAAGCGCUUCCCCUGCCCCAUCUGUCCCACCACCACGUACGCCAAGCAGGGCUCCCUGCUGAUCCACCACGCCAUCAGGCACCCCCCCAGGAACUCGGGCCGCCUGGCCCGCCUCCGCUGCCAGGUGUGCGGGCGGCGCUGCAGCUCCUUACACAAAGCCUUGAAGCACCGCGGCCGGCAUCUCAAACAAGCUGCGUUUCAGUGCCACAAAUGCCGACACCGUUUCUGGAAUGCCUCGCUUCUGGCCCGCCACAAGUUUUCCUGUCGGGGGUCAGCCGUCAACAGCGCCGUCAACUGGGAACUGAUGAAGACGAAAUCUCCCGUGUCUCACGAGCUGUCGGACAGUGACCACUCUCCGGUCCCAGUUCUGGGCCAACCUGAGAGAUCAACAGUCCUCACUGAGUACAGCCAGUAAAAUGGAAGCUGUUUUUUUUUUUUUUUUUUUUUUUAGACUAGAUUGUUUUUUGAUGUUUAUUUUUUUUAAAUAAUCCAAGAAGCGAGCAAGAGCUAGCAAGUUUUUAACAAAACAAAAAAAAGGGGCGUGAGAACGAGGAGGGUUUAGUAUAACUACAGUCAUAUCCCCGCCCUCCUCCCUGAUAACUGUAUCUUGUCCUGACGACAGCAAAGGUGGUUGCUUAAUUAGAUUAAUGCGGACUUCAAAAGGCCCAAAUCACAACCAUCAUUCACCUUCUGUCUCCUCUUUCCCCAGAGAUGAAGAAACGUUAGGAAGUGUUUUAGUUGAGAUAAAUUCAUCUUCUUCUUUUGCAUCGUCUUCCCACUAACAUGAUGGGACAGCAGAGGCCAGGCCCUCUCGUACCAGUUUGUCACUUUGUUUUUCACGUUACAGUUGAACACUUCAGUCUUCGUCUCUUGCUCUGUGUGUUUAUCCGUUGCCGUUGAAGAAACGUACACUCAGAUGAAUGAUCCCUCCACUGAAAUUAAAUCAGAAGACCAGAUCAGAUGCUCUGAGAAGCUCGUGAAAGUGACUUUUAGCACACAUUAAAGGAAGCUAUAUAGUCCUGACUGAACAAGGAGAGCGCGCAGGGGAUGUCUUUAAUGUACACUACUUGUUGUCAUUUAAAAAAAAAAAAAAAAGAGGCGUGACGGGAGGGGAAAACACGACUCUAACUGUUAAUGUGUUCAGGAGUUGAAAAGGACGACAGAAAUAACCGAGUGUACUGUACAAUUCGUAUUAUAUUUUAUUAUAUAUUGAUUAUUUGCUGUUUUUUACUCCAAGUAUCAUUUCUUUUAUCAUUGAUGGUAUCGUAUGGGUGGGAGGGAACAAGUAGGGGAGUAUCUUUGUAAAACGGCGGGAUGAGUAUAUGUAUCGAUGUGAUUUUAUUUUCCCUCAUCACCACUCUUAUGCCCCUGUUUUUGUAACAGAAGCGUGUACACAUAGUUCAUUACUUAGGUCCUGUCCAGACGUGUUUUUUCUUUUAUUUUUUUGUAAAACUAAAACAUGUAAUAUUACUACUAAAUUACUAUCCUUUUCUUUGCCUAAAAGUGAGUUGUUGAAAACCCUCAAAUCAAAUAAAGAAAAAUCUGAAAUGUUACG